UCGUGCCCUCCUCUCCUCUGCUCUCCCGGCGAUUUCAGCAGCAUCCAGUACCACUGGUACAAAACCCCCCGCCUCCACCCGGCGCGCUCCCAACUCGCCGCCCCCAGCGCAGACCCCCGCCGCUCCCGCUCCGCCCGCCCGCUCGCCGCGUCCCCAGUGCCGGCCGCGCCCGCGCGGGUCGUCUCCGCGCCUGUUCGCUGCCACCCGAGGCCACCAGAUCCGGCGCGUCCUCCCCUCCCCCCCCGAGGUCUUUCUCCUUUAGUUUAUGCACUGGAAUCAAGGUUUUCUAUCUUAAUUUGCUUACGAGAUCAGCAAACUGAUAAGGUCAUUUGAACCACAAGUAAAGAAGCACUGAUGAUCAGUAAUUUGUCAGUUUCAGAUUGUAGUAUCCUCUGAGAUGGAGGGAAGAGAAUCAGGCUUAUGGUAAAUCCUGGUGAAUAUUCAUGGGAGGUCAGCAAGUUCUGGCCUGACUAAGAGUGGUAAACAAAAACAGCGUGCUUCAUCUUAGAUCAUCAAUGACGAGGAUGAAGUUCCCAAAACGAUAUGUGAUAGUAUUGCUGACAUUCAUCUGCACAAAUGUUUGCUACAUUGAGCGAGUUGGUUUCUCUAUUGCUUACACUGUCGCAGCUGAUGCCAUCGGUGUGAAUCAAGCAAACAAGGGCAUGAUACUCUCUAUGUUCUAUUAUGGUUAUGUUUUAUCACAGAUUCCUGGUGGGUGGGCAGCACAGAGAAUAGGAGGUAGACGUGUUCUGCUACUGUCAUUCAUAUUGUGGUCCUUGAUAUGUGGUUUAAUUCCACUAGAUCCCAACAGAAUAACCAUUCUGGUCCUUUCUCGCCUAUUUGUUGGUGUAGCACAAGGUUUCAUAUUUCCUGCCAUUCACACUGUUCUAGCGCAAUGGGUGCCACCACAGGAGCGCUCUCGCUCAGUAUCUCUUACUACCUCAGGGAUGUAUCUUGGUGCAGCCUGUGGCAUGCUUUUUUUCCCAAGUCUGGUGAAGAAUAUGGGACCCCAGUCAGUUUUCUUUGUUGAAGCAGUAUUGGGAGUAUUAUGGUCUGUGAUAUGGUUGAAAUUUUCCAGUGACCCACCUCGCACUGAUCUUCCAAAGGUAUCAAUGCCAAAAGUGGCAUCUCGAGACACGAUCAAGGCACAAGCAGGAGGGGUUGUUGCACCUCGCACUGUAAAGAUCCCAUGGCGAAGGAUAAUCUUCAGUCUACCUGUUUGGGCAAUUGUUGUGAACAACUUCACCUUCCACUAUGCCCUGUAUGUUCUUAUGAAUUGGCUCCCUACCUAUUUUGAGCUAGGCCUUCAGCUUAGCCUCCAGGAUAUGGGUUCCUCAAAGAUGCUUCCCUAUUUCAACAUGUUCAUUUUCUCCAAUAUCGGUGGUGUGGUUGCUGAUCACUUGAUUACAAGGAAGAUUUUAUCUGUUACCAAGACAAGGAAGCUUCUGAACACCAUCGGGUUUGUUGUCUCAGCAUUUGCACUCAUGGCCCUUCCUUUGUUCAGUACACCCUCAGGCACUGUAAUGUGUUCAGCGAUAUCUCUUGGUUUUCUGGCUCUAGGAAGAGCAGGGUUUGCUGUAAACCAUAUGGAUGUUGCUCCAAAGUUUGCAGGGAUAGUAAUGGGGGUCUCAAAUACGGCGGGGACACUGGCUGGAAUUGUUGGUGUCGGCCUCACCGGGAAUAUUCUGGAGGGGGCAAAGGCUUCUAACAAGGAUCUAACAAGCUCGGAAACCUGGAAAACAGUCUUCUUUGUUCCAGCAUACCUUUGUAUUUUUAGUUCUGUCAUUUUUUUGGCCUUUUCGACCGGUGAAAAGGUCUUCGAAUAAAGGGUGAUUAAUUUUGCCUAUUCUUUUUUCUUUUCUUAUUUACGGUGAGGUAGGAUAGCAAAACGGGAAUCUCACAUGUAUCUGUAGCAUUUGUUACUAAAUUUCAGAGUUCAGACUGCAUCCCACACAUGAUGAAAAACUAUGUCAGGAAAAAUGCUCACAUUUUUAUCGUAGAAUAUACUAUAUAUGAUAUCAAGAGUCGUCUCAUUGGUGCAGUUGCACGUGAGUGCAGCUAACA